CAUCACGAGUGGGAACCAGCGAGAGAGCAGAGCUACGUGGUGAGGAGCGUGUCGACAGCAGAGGGAGGCGGGACGGGGCCGAGAGGCAAAGGGAUCAGUCACUUCAGUCCUGCAGGAAACACAGCUUUUCUCCUCAGGACUCAUUACAACUGUUUGUGAUUCUGAAAAACUAAACGGAUUCUUAACAAUCAACUUCACUAAGCAACUGACAGGAGAAAAAAACAAAACAAUGGAAAAUGUCUCUUAUCACGAGGACGAGGACUUCAACGACACCUAUGAUUACGAUUAUGAACACAGUGUCUGCGACAAAGAGACGGUGCGCUCCUUUGCCAGAUACUACCUCCCAAUCGUCUAUGCCCUGGCUCUGGUGGUCGGUCUGGCCGGGAACACCCUGGUCGUGGUGGUCUACACAUCGAAGCUGAGACUACGAACCCUGACAGAUGUGUGCAUCCUUAACCUCGCCAUUUCCGACCUGCUGCUCCUCCUCACCCUCCCCUUCUGGGCCGCUGAUGCUGUUCAUGGCUGGCAGUUGGGUUCGGCAGCCUGCAAGAUCACCUCCUUCCUCUACAGUGCCAACUUCAGCUGUGGGAUGCUGCUGCUGGCGUGUAUCAGUGUGGAUCGCUACCGCGCAAUAACCCAAAGUCCGUCAGGCAGGACUGGGACAGGUGCCCGGCUAAGGAGACAAUGGCUCCUGGUGUGUGUGGUGUUGUGGGCUGUGGCCAGCUUUCUCGGCCUUCCCGAACUUAUCUUCUCCAAAGUGAAACACUCUCACAACCGGAUGGCCUGCACAGCCGUCUAUCCCCAUGGCAUGGCCAGACCAGCAAAGGCGGCCUUGGAGCUGCUGGAGGUGACACUUAGAUUCGUACUGCCUUUCUUGGUCAUGGUGGUUUGCUACUGCUCGGUGGGCCGGAUCCUGAGCCGGGCGGCCGGGGUGCGCAGAGACCGGAAGUGGCGCACCCUGCGGGUCCUGCUGGCUGUGGUGGCCGUGUUCCUGCUCACCCAGCUGCCCUACAACGUGGUCAAACUGUGCCGGGCGAUGGACGUCAUCUACAUUGUGACCGACUGCGAUGUCAGCAAGGCCCUGGACCAUGCUCUCCAAGUGACAGAGAGCCUGGCACUGACCCACGCCUGCAUCAACCCUCUCCUCUACGCCUUCCUCGGCUCCUCCUUCAGGGUUCACGUCCUCAAGACCGCCAAGCACCUCGGACAGAGGCUUAAGAGAACCACAAGACGCGUGAGAGAGGAGCCGGCUGUGGAGAUUUCACUCAACACGUGCAAUCCAAUGCAAUCCCAGUCUGGUUCAGAGGACCAAGACACAAGCACCUUCACUAUUUAAAGCAACACUAUGUUAUUUUACUGAGCAACAGCGCCCCCUGCAGCCACACAGGGUGAUAGCCCGAGCAAUUAAGGGGUUUUCAUGUCGAGAAAAAACAAAGCCUAUCAAUCUAUUGAGUGCGCACUGAACUGAAACACAGCCAUGAUCCUUUGCUUCCUGAACCUGAAGAGCUGCUGCUGUAAAAAUUCCACCAAUCUCUGUUGAAAAUUAUUGAUAUUUGAAAAGUUUUCUCGCUGAUUAUUGGUAAUAAACUCUGUUUUUAAAGACUUCUAAGUCUUUUUGAACGACCUAGAGUUCAGCAUUACUCUUGAACUGAUUCUGAUCAUUUAAGCAGUUGCUAUCAGUCAGUACAACACUUCUUACAGGAGAUCAAACCAACUCACUUACGUUACAGAGAACAGAUAGUCAGAGUGAGCAGUGGGAACGAAAGCGGCACUCAUCUCUGCCAGUGAUCCACCAAACUGAUUUUGAAGAUGCUAUUUGAAAGGUAAAGAAAAGUUGUACAGUGCUGCUUCUACUCAUGACACAUAUAUUUUCCUGUAAACACCUGUUGUAUCCUUGUAUAUAUGUUUGCACAUCCUUUUUUAUCAUGUAAACUAGACACAAUUAACAAUGUACAUUAAUUAUUAGUGUAAUGAAUAUAUAUAUAAAAGCAUUGGGUGUACUGUAUAUGCUGAGCAACGAAGCAAAAAUAUUUUCUACAAAUAAAGUUUUUAUUAAAUAAAGCAAAGAUUAUCUGUGUCAUCUACAUCUGUUAGAAUUAAACUUUAAACAAAUCCAA